UUCCUCAGCUAACUUCAACGCCAUACCUUUUAUGAUUCCAAUCAAUAAAUGCAGUCUCAAGUUUUCCUCAGCUAACUUCAACGCCAUACCUUUUGCCUACACCAACAGACAAUCAUAGAUUCUCAACUUUGAAUUCUUGUCUUUUCACAGCUGAAUACAUAUGCUAUGGGAAGAAACAAGCAAUACUUUAAGGACCCCCUUGUAUUUGAUCCAGAUCGUCAUCUCAAAUCCAAACAUGACAGGCACUAUUUUACUCAUUUUCCUUUCUCGAUGGGUGUCCGAUCUUGCAUUGGUCAACAAUUUGCACUGCUUGAGUCCAGACUGGUGAUGAGCAGACUCUUACAGACAUUUGAUUUUCAACUGGUGCCAGGACAAGAGCGUGAUGAUGUAAUACAAGAGAUUAUUAUCAAACCAAAAGGACGUUGUAGACAGUAUAUCACCUUCAGUCACUAGAUAGAUCACCCGAUCUAGGCAAUAGCUCAGUGGGACCAAGCAACAAAUGAAUGAUAUG